CUAUAUAACUAUAUACUAAUAAUAUAUAUCUCAAUUAUUCUGGGGAAAAAUAAUUGAAAGCGGGUAUAAUUUUAAGGAAGACAACUAAUUAAUAUGAUUUCAUGUUUAGUUAAUGGUCAUUAGAUUAACAACCCCGUGCCCGUACGUGAUUGGUCGACAAGGUAUCAUGUAUCAAUGGAUCCAUCUGUCAUCAACCAAUAAUAAUUUAUUAACUCACCUCCAAACUCCGUUGACUUUUCCAUCUCCCGCUUCUUCUUCCCUCCGCCGGGUCAGUAGUAGUAGUUACUAUAAGAUUUGAAUGGAAUCCAUCACCAGAGAUCGAAGCACCACCAAAUAAUAACAACAAUGGCAACCAUCAGCAUCCGCGCUUCUCCUUCUCCUUCCCAACCCCAACCACCACCUCCUCCGCCGUCAACUCCCUCCGUCAUCACCCCCACCUUCACGGAGCAAAAAUGGCGGCUCCACACAAGAGAAAACGUGAAGCUCGACCUCGACAGCAUCAUCCAAACUUUGCUCUGCGCCGUCCAGGUCCCCGACCACCUCCGACAAACAAAACCCGAAGCCUACACCCCCCAGCUCAUCGCCCUCGGCCCAUUCCACCACUUCCGGCCCGAGCUCUACCAGAUCGAGCCCCUUAAGCUCGCCACCGCCAAGCGGGCCCUCCACAGGUUCAACGGAGUCAACGGCGGGCUCGAGGGCUUCGUCUCCGAGGUGUGCCGUCCCUCCGGCCUCCUCCCUCGCAUCCAGGCCUACUACGGCCGCCACCUCGACGUGGAGGACGAGACCCUGGCCUGGAUCGUCGCCAUCGACGUCCUCUUCCUCGUCGAGGUGCUCCACAACGAGGAGAUCCUCAUCUCGUCGUUCGCCCCCUGCUUCUUCGAUUCCUUGAAGAGGAAGCUCUCUCCACAUGCGAUCUUCGGCGACCUGAUCCUGCUGGAGAAUCAGGUCCCCUUGUUCUUGCUUGCUGACCUGCUUCAACAGCUGGCAGUCGGUGGUGGUGACGACAAGAAUAUUGGGGAUGAGCUGUCGAGGAGGUUGGACGUGAUCUGCCACCUGCUGUCUCCUCUCCAGCUGCCGGAGGGGAGGUUUCCGACUUACUUCCGGCGGAGGCAUUUGUUGGAUCGGCUCUACCUCCUCAUCACCAGGGGGGAGCACGAGGCUGCGGCGGCAGCGGCUGGUGGUGGCGGAAAUACUAGUAAUAAUAAUGUUCGAGCUCCGACCUCCGUGGGGAUUUUGCAGCGGAUUGCGUCCGGUCUUCUGAAGAAGGUAGAAGAUGCGCGGAACAGUUAUUACGGCGGGGCCGUGGUGACCGACGGCGAGAAGGACGCGGUUGCGGGGAGCAUAUUGGCCGGGGUGCUGAAAAAGGAAGGAGGAGGGGAUCAGGACGACGACGAUGGAAGUGGUUUGGUUUUUGCCAAAGCCGCCAGGGUGAGGAUGGAGUUGGGUAGUCAACUGAGUUUUAUUGGGGUAGAUGAAGAAAGAGAACGUGAGAACUUUCUGGUGAGGGUGCUGCAGAAUGUGACGUCGCUGGAAAUUGGGCCGGAUGAAAACGUUGCUAAUGAUUUCCAGGCUUUUGCCCAAGAGCAAGGUAAUAAUUAAGUAAACUCGUCUUAUUAAUUAGAUUUAAGAAACUCAUUACACCCAUUGACGUGAAAAAAUAAUGAUAUGCGUGAACAAACAUUAGAUUGCGUGAAUGGUGAUUACUGUUUGCAUGAAUAAUUACCUCAACGUGAGUAAAUACAGAAUUUUGCGAAUAAACACAACAAUGCAUAAUUAGGUGUUUUUUUUUAUAAGAUGCAUAAUUAGGUGUUGGUGACACCAUGUUCUAUACAACCUAUAUUCAAUGUAGUCAAAAUCACUCUUUAAAACUUAAAAAUUUGUUGUUUUACACUCCUAGGUCACCAAAAUGUUUUCGAUUUCAUAUAAAAUCUCCAGUGUAUAAAAUCAUACUAAAUUGCGCUUAAAAGG